GGGGCAGCUGAGUCCGCGAGCGUGCGCUCGUGCAAAGGCUGCCGCGCCGGGCUCGCCAGCCAGGCAGGCGCGCGGCGGGCACCCGCGAACCCGGCGGCGGCGGACGGGACGGCGCCGCGGGAUCUGCCCUCCAUGCCUGGGCCUCCCGGUCUUGUAGCGGGCGCAGGAGGCGGCAGCGGCGGUUGUUUUGGCCAAAGCCGGCUCCGCGGAGGGCCCACCUGGACGCUCCAGCCCCGCGGAGCCCGGCCUGCGGGCUGCAGGCCAAGGAUGGCGACCUGACUUCUCCCUCACCGCCCCCGUCUCCCUACCACUGCCCGGCUGUCACCGAGACUGGUGGCCUCUCCAGGAGCACUGAAAAUUGGCCUGGAGAAAGGGGACAUCGUGGGGUCCAUUGUCCAGCUCGUGCCGGCGCGCGGGGUGCCCGCCGGGAUGGGUAGGGCCCGCCGGGCCUGUGGCACUGCCCAGGGGCUGUGCUCUCACUAGGGCCCCCCGACGGCGUCAGGAUGCACCUGUCGGCGGUGGUCAACGCGCUCCUGGUGUCGGUGCUGGCGGCCGUCCUGUGGAAGCACGUGCGGCUGCGCGAGCAUGCGGCGGCCCUGGAGGCUGAGGUGGCGGGCGGCCGCCAGGCCCCGGAGCCCGCCCCCGCGCCGCGGAUCGACUACCCGAAGGCCCUGCAGAUCCUGAUGGAGGGGGGCACGCACAUGGUGUGCACGGGCCGCACGCACACCGACCGCGUCUGCCGCUUUAAGUGGCUCUGCUACUCCAACGAGGCCGAGGAGUUCAUCUUCUUCCACGGCAACGCCUCGGUCAUGCUGCCCAACCUGGGCUCCCGGCGCUUCCAGCCGGCCCUGCUCGACCUGUCCACCGUGGAGGACCACAACACCCAGUACUUCAACUUCGUGGAGCUGCCGGCCGCCGCCCUGCGCUUCAUGCCCAAGCCCGUGUUCGUGCCCGACGUGGCGCUCCUCGCCAACCGCUUCAACCCCGACAACCUGAUGCACGUCUUCCACGACGACCUGCUGCCUCUCUUCUACACCCUGCGGCAGUUCCCGGGGCUGGCGCACGAGGCCCGGCUCUUCUUCAUGGAGGGCUGGAGCGAGGGCGCCCACUUUGACCUGUACAAGCUGCUCAGCCCCAAGCAGCCGCUCCUGCGGGCGCAGCUGAAGACGCUGGGCCGCCUGCUGUGCUUCUCCCAUGCUUUCGUGGGCCUCUCCAAGAUCACCACCUGGUACCAGUACGGCUUCGUCCAGCCCCAGGGCCCCAAGGCUAACAUCCUCGUCUCGGGCAAUGAGAUCCGGCAGUUUGCCCGGUUCAUGAUGGAAAAGCUGAACGUGAGCCACGCGGGGGCUCCCCCGGGCGAAGAGUACAUUUUGGUCUUCAGCCGCACCCAGAACAGACUCAUUCUGAAUGAGGCACAGCUGCUGCUGGCGCUGGCCCAGGAGUUCCAGAUGAAGACCGUGACCGUGUCCCUGGAGGACCAUGCCUUUGCCGAUGUCGUGCGGCUGGUCAGCAAUGCCUCCAUGCUGGUCAGCAUGCAUGGGGCCCAGCUGGUCACUGCCCUCUUCCUGCCCCGCGGGGCCACCGUGGUCGAGCUCUUCCCGUAUGCUGUCAAUCCGGACCACUACACCCCCUAUAAGACGCUGGCCACGCUGCCUGGCAUGGACCUCCAGUACGUAGCCUGGCGCAACAUGAUGCCGGAGAACACGGUCACGCAUCCUGAGCAGCCCUGGGACCAGGGGGGCAUCACUCACCUAGACCGGGCUGAGCAGGCCCGUAUCCUACAGAGCCGUGAGGUCCCACGGCAUCUCUGUUGCCGGAACCCUGAGUGGCUCUUCCGGAUCUACCAGGACACCAAGGUGGACAUCCCAUCCCUCAUCCAAACCAUACGGCGAGUGGUGAAGGGCCGGCCAGGGCCACGGAAGCAGAAGUGGACCGUCGGCCUCUACCCGGGCAAGGUUCGGGAGGCGCGGUGCCAGGCAUCCGUGCAGGGCGCCUCAGAGGCCCGCCUCACUGUCUCCUGGCAGAUCCCCUGGAACCUCAAGUACCUGAAGGUGAGGGAGGUGAAGUACGAGGUGUGGCUCCAGGAGCAGGGGGAGAACACCUACGUGCCUUACAUCCUGGCCCUGCAGAACCAUACCUUCACUGAGAACAUCAGGCCUUUUACUACCUACUUGGUGUGGGUCCGCUGCAUCUUCAACAAGAUCCUCCUGGGACCCUUUGCAGAUGUGCUGGUGUGCAACACGUAGCGAGCGUGCCGUGGCCAGGCCUCGGGGGGGUGGAGGUGGGGUGGCUCCUCCAGCUCAGCGUCCCUGGGUCCACUAGCACCCUGGGGUGGCUUCUGGGAAUUAUUUAUUUAUUGAGCAGGCCACCCCACCCAGGCCUGUGCCUCUGUGUCUUACUGCAUCUGGAGUGUGGAGUUCCCAGCAUUCUUUGCACUGGUACGAUGAGACCCUCCUAGCCCCCUUCUCCCGUCCUGAGCAUCCAUACCCUGGAGAAGGUCCUUGGUGGGAGGAGGAAGUGGAGGAGAAAGAAGGAAAGUAAGAAUCCUAAGGAGCCUCUGGCUGAGUGAUCAUGCUGUUCCCUACUGAAUCUUUCUGGUUGAUAUCCAGAUGUCUGGAAACUGUGAGUAUAUCAUGUGGUCGCUUGGGUGGGUGCUUCAUCAGCUUCCAUCAUCAUGAAAUUCACCUGUAGCACAGUGAAGGUGUGUUUGGAAAAUUCAUUAAAUGAUUGUAAACAUCUUGGUCAAGUUUUUUUUUUUUUUAAGAUUUUAUUUAUUUAUUUGACAGAGAGACAGUGAGGGAGAACACAAGCAGAGGGGAGAGGGAGAAGCAGGCUCCCCGCACAGCAGGGAGCCCAAAGUGGGGCUGCCUGACAUGGGGCUCGAUCCCAGGACCCCGGGAUCAUGACCUGAGCCUGAGCCAAAGGCAGACCACUUAACUGACUGAGCCACCCAGGCACCCCUUGGUCAAGUCUUUUUAUUAGGUAGGUGGAAGUGGGGCUGGUAGUCAGUACCCACAUGAUCUUUCAUCCCAGCUGUCAGCCAAGGAGAUGUGGUGAUGGGCAAGCGGCGAGGACCACGAAGUGAGGCAGGCUGGUUGGAUUGCAUCUUGCAACUUGCCGGUUGAAUGUCACAUUGCCACCUAAGCGGGGUCCAAGUCUGGAAGCAGAGGGACGGGGCUGCGGUGAGGAAGAGCAGUGUCCACCAGGGGGCGCUCUUAGGCUAAAGACAUCAGGCACCCAAGACCACAACAGACCACACUUAGCAACGGGAUCCCUUAGAAGGACAUAGGGGUAGGGCAUUCAGCAGGACAGUGUUGAGCACUUUCUUCUGCAGGAGUCUUCACACCAUCCCAGGGCCCAUUCUCGCCCUGUUCUGGGAGUCGCUGCUCGAGGGUGACGAGGUAAGACCCCUGUCCGUAGUUGGGGCCACCGGCUUAGAAGCCCCAUAGGAACCCUUGUCUUUCAGUGGGGCCCAGGGCCCCUCCAGGACAUUGCACUGAGCGGAGCCUGCAGCUCUGGUGCCCGACCAGACAUUUAGUUCACGCGUAGCCCUUCCACAGCUUCUCCGAGGUCAGCUGUCCUGUCAGUUUUGCUGAAUGGCACACCUGACAUUCCACCGUUGUCUGGCUUCCAUGGAAACAGAGCUAGAACGUUAACCCAAGAUCAGAUUUGCCCUUGGAGAAGGGACCCUGCUCCAAGUCUGACUCCUGGGAAGGAGAGCAGGAAAGGGGGUCCAGGAGGGAGAGCCUCAGGCUGUAGCUCCAAGUGGUCUGUUAGAUGAGUAGCUGGUCCCUGGCCGAGGGCGGCUGGGGAAGAAUGACUUCGGUGCCUGUCGGUGGUGGAUUCAGAGCAGGAGAUCUGAGUGGCACGUAUUCAUGAUCACCGGGUACCUCCAUGACCUUCCUUUUACCCAGAAUAUCUUUGUCCCUAACUGUAUCCUCCAUCAGCCACCUUCUCGGACUACCACAUUGAUGCACACAUAAAGAUUCAGUUGAGCUGAAAGUCUCAGACUCUGAGGGGUGAGGGUAAAACUACUUGGAAACCACUUGGUGGUUUCUGCUAAGGCUGAACACAUAGCUACCCUGUGUCUCAGCAAUUCCACUGCUAAAUAUAGACCCAAGAGAAAGGAGUGCCGAUGGUAUCAAAAAGACGUAUAAAGUACAGCUCUAGAUGGCCAGAAACUAAACAACCCAAAUUUCCACCAACAGGUGUAUUCAUGCAAAGGACACAAUUUUUUAAAAAGAUUUUAUUUAUUUAGAGAGCAUGAAUGGAGGGAGGGAGGCAGAGGGGAGGGAGAAAGAAUCUCAAGCAGACUCCAUGCUGAACACAGAGCCCGACUCAGGGCUCAGUCUCACGACCCUGAGAUCACGACCUGAGCCGAAAUCAGGAGUCAGAUGCUUAACCGGCUGAGCCACCCAGGUGCCCCAGGACACAACAAUUUUUUAAGAAAGAAUGAAAUAUGGGUACAUACAACAGUGUCAAUCUCACAGAGUGUUGAGUAUAUGCUGAGUGACAGAGUAUGUACUGUAUGAUUCCAUUUCCAUGAAGUGCUAGAACAAGAAAACCAAUCUGUGGCGGGAGAAGUCAGAAUGGCUCCUGAGAAGGGUCGAGCCUGGGCUGGACACGAGGGAACUCGGGAGGUUAGGAAUGUCUUGAUCUGGCUGGUGGUUGCACAGCGACCAUUUGAGAUCAGUGCACUUUAUAUACUUCACUCUAUACUUCAAUUAAACAGAAACAAAAGCUCGGCUCAAGGGGCAACUCUUCUGGAAAACAGUGUGUGUCUCCUCCAGCUCCCUGGUCAUUAGGCCCGCCGCAUCCCCCAAACCCCAGCUCUGCCACCCUGUCGUGUUCUGGAAGGUACUCUGCUCCCACAAGGGGUCGCCCACCGGCUAGAGGUCCAGGGUGGGUGUUUAUGUGUGUGGAUCAUGAUGCCGAGGCACUCCGUGAAUGGUUCAUGCGUUCCAUCAAACAAUGGAUCUCUGCCUAUGUCCAAAUUGCUUUUUGCAAAUUUGUAAUCCUGUGAAACUUUGUCCUGGUUCUUUUUGUUUUUUCCUCUUAACAUUAUAAUAGAAAUG